AUGGCAGCAGCGACAAAAAUCCAGUCGAUCACGAUUGAUUCGGAAACAAUCAUCAAUGUCGCUACCACCACCCCAGUGGCAAGCCGCCAAGAGCAGCCAACUCUAGUAUUCCUACACUUCUGGGGCGGUUCCUCACGGACUUGGUCACAGGUGAUUGGCCCGUUAUCCUCACAGUAUCCUACUGUUGCGAUUGACUUUCGUGGCUGGGGUUCUUCUGUUGGCCCUUCAGAUCCACAGGCCUAUUCGAUCAAAUGUCUCGCGAAAGACGUUACGGCAGUGAUCGGCCAUCUCGGUUUGAGUGACUUCGUCCUCGUGGGUCACUCGAUGGGUGCAAAAGUUGCCCAGGCAAUCGCCGGAGGUGCAAGCUCAAAGUUGACCGAGGGUAUUCGUGGGAUGGCACUGAUUGCUCCUGCGCCACCUUCACCCUUUACGCUCCCCGAAGGCAUGCGAGAGCAACAGAUUCACGCGUACGAGCAUGCCGAAAGCGCUGAGUUCGUGGCGAAGAACGUGCUCACCGCAUCUGAUAUUGGAGAGAGCGCAGUUCAAGCCUUGGUUCAAGACAUGCUUCGGGGCAAUGAAUGGGCACGCGCAGCAUGGCCAGCUUAUGCCAUGGCCGAAGAUGUAUGUGCUCCAUCGAAAAGAUCACACGUGCCAUGCACAGUCAUUGCAGCGGAUGAGGAUGUUAUCGAACCAGUGGAGAGGAUCCAGAAGGAAGUAUUACCACGUUUCCAAAAUGCAGCACUGGUGGUCGUGAAAAAUUCGGGACAUAUGAUUCCUAUCGAAGCUCCGAUGGCAAUUGUAGAACAUAUUACUCAACUUUUAACGAGUCUCAGAUAG